AUGGCUUCAACAGUGGAUCCUCAGCUAAUUGCAGCUGAGCAAGCUAUGUAUGCUCCAUUCUUUGGAUCACUUGGGGUAACUGCUGCUAUGAUAUUUACAGCUGCUGGUUCUGCAUAUGGUACAGCUAAAUCUGGUACAGGCAUUGCUUCUAUGUCAGUUGCCAGGCCUGAUCUCGUUAUGAAAGCAAUUAUUCCUGUUGUUAUGGCAGGUAUUGUAGCUAUUUAUGGUCUUGUUGUGGCCGUUAUUAUUUCUGGUAGAAUUGGUCCUGGUGGUAAAGAUUAUACAGUCAAUGCAGCUUUUUCACAAUUUGCUGGUGGACUUGUAUGUGGACUUUGUGGUCUUGGUGCUGGAUAUGCUAUUGGUAUUGCAGGUGAUGCUGGAGUUAGAGGACUUUCACAACAACCAAGACUUUUUGUUGGCAUGAUUUUGAUUCUUAUUUUUGCUGAAGUCCUUGGACUUUAUGGAAUGAUUGUUGCUUUAAUUUUGGGAGCUACAUAA